GCCCUUCCAUGACGAGCGGCGCGGAAAGUUAGCAAUGCGCUUUGCCCCAUUGCCUUUGCGCGACUACUUUCUGGCCCGAUGCUUCACACGCUACAUGGGCGAGAAGCGCGUGCUUGGUCUCCCCCCUGCCGAGGACAUCGUCUUCGACUCGAGCUGGGACCUCUUCUUCGACUUUCUGAUCGAACUCGCCGCCACCCACGGCGUCAACGUGCCGGUGGAUCUGAGUAGCAAGCCGGUGCUGAGCGAAGCGCAGCUCGCCAGCUUCACGGAUCGCCUGAAGAAUCUGCAGACGCCGGUCAUCGAGCUCCAAAUGCCACCGAACCAGGUCAAUGCCCUGCCGAAACUCUUGCAACUCCUCAACGCCUCGACAAAGUCAGUGCGAUCGCUGGGACUUACAGGCAACGCCCUCACAGAGGCAGGGGCCAAAGUCCUUUCCCAGGCUCUCGCAAGGGGCUGUGAGUUGCUGUCAUUGCAGCUGCAGAGCUGCCUCCUCGGUCCCGAGGGCGUGGAGGCAUUGAUGCAGGCCUUCCUUGAGGCACCGCGCCCAUCGAAGCGUCCUGCGAGGACUAGAAAGCAGCUAAAGGCCACACCGGAUGACGAGGUUGGCCCGGCCCCUCCUGAACAGCCAGCCAGAGCAGCGCUGAAGGUGUGGAACUUGGACCUCACGGGGAACGGCAUCGGGCCGGUAGGCAUGCACAUUUUCUUCCGCGUGUUGGAGAUGAAGGAGAAG